CCGCGUCUGCGCGAUUAUUCGGACGAGGUGAUUUCUAACAUGCGCAGUGCCCAGGGUCGUGGCACAAGCUCUGUUCCUCCUCAGAUGGAGCCAGAAACAGAUGCUCAGGAAGAAAAACAACACUGGAAAAACACAGCGAGACGAUCCACUCAAAACUCACGAGAGGAUAACUUCGAAGGCCCUUCCUCUUCUUUUAAGAAGCUAUGUCCUGCCAAACCCUCCCCCAGCUUUCUUGAGCUUCCAUCUUCCCAACGGAGGCCCAGCCCAGGUCUACCCUGUGCCCAGGCUGCCAGGAAAGGACAGAAAAAAUUCACCCCUGAUCAUCAGCCACAGGAAUGCUACGGCCUACUGGAGUGCAUGCACAACAACAUCCAGAUCCAAACCCAGAUCGCUCUGGCACAAUUGAGCAUCCUGGAAGGCUUGCAGGAAUCCAUGAACUUGCUUCUGGCUAGCGACGAGGAGAAGGGGAAGGAGCAGAGAGAUCAGGAGGGCCUGCAAAACUCAGCCUCCUCCCCCACCUAACAUAUCCAUAGGUUUGGUGACUAGCUUUGAUUCCCAUAGUCUCAUCCCUGCGGCCUCGUCUCCUUUGCGUUCACUCUGGCGCUGGCUGUCAAGUGUAUAGUUACAGGAUUGGGGUUUGUGUUACCAUGACAACUGAUAGGGCUCUGCUAGAGGUGCUGCUUGGAAGUAAAACUAUUGUAAAUACUUUCAGUGUGAGUUUUCCUCUGAAGGCUGCAUAGUCCUUGUGGGAGCAGCACGGGAAGCGACAGCAAUGCGCUUUGGAGAGAUGUAUUGAGUCUGAUUUGAGGUCACUCUGCCCAUGCCCCUAGGGCUAGGGGUUCAGGUGACUUGAAGCCCCUUUAUGCUGCCCAUGUUCUGGGGGCUUGCCAGACCUCUGCUGUAAAUCAGAACAGCCUCAGGGCUACUCGCAUUUUUGCUCUGCCUCCAAUGGCCCUUGCAGUAUGUUCCAGCCAUGUCUCCUCCACUGGAGACAGGGAGCAGGGUGGAUACCGAACUCUUAUGCAAGCUCCAUACCAGCUGGGGUGGCUCCUGCGCAGGGAGGAUUUCCAGGGAGCUGGUUCUGCUCAUUUUAAGGUCCCUCUGCACUGCCAGAGCAGCACAAAGGGACCUGAGCGUGACUGACAGUCAGGUUCACCAUCUCUCCCCAGCUGAGGC